AUUGCCACGAAGAAACAUGGCGGAUAACGUCUUGUCACGUUUCCUGUUGUGAUUGGUCAUCACUUCUGGGCAUAGAGGAAGAAGGAAGCAAUACGGAAAAGGCAGCAGCCAAUCGCUCAUCUGCUUCCGUGCGGCAACUAGGAAGUGGGCGAUGCUCCUGUGUCAAGAGAGGUCGGGAUGAUGUGACUCGUGAGCUACAGCAGCUGCUCCGUGGUGUUGGCUCAUGCUGGCGGUGCUGUACGCUGUGUGCUUGGGGCUGCUCAUAGCCGUGCUACCGGCUCACCAUGCAAAUUACAGCAAGGUCACCGAGCAAGACAUGGCUAAGUAUAGGGAUCGGGUGAAGUCCAUGUUUUAUCAUGCAUACAACAACUACCUAGACAAUGCCUUUCCAUAUGAUGAGCUGAGACCACUGACCUGUGAUGGACAGGACACAUGGGGAAGUUUUUCUUUGACUUUAAUUGAUGCACUGGACACGUUGUUGAUUAUCGGUAAUGUCUCUGAGUUCCAGCGAGUAGUGACUGUUCUGCAGGACACUGUGGAUUUUGACAUUGAUGUCAACGCUUCAGUGUUUGAGACCAAUAUCAGAGUGGUAGGUGGACUUCUGUCUGCUCACCUCCUGUCAAAGAAAGCUGGUCUUGAGCUGGAACCAGGAUGGCCAUGUUCUGGUCCUCUGCUUCGCAUGGCAGAAGAUGCAGCAAGGAAACUUCUGCCAGCUUUUGACACACAAACUGGAAUGCCUUUUGGAACCGUUAACCUCUUGAAUGGAGUCAACCCUACAGAGACUCCAGUGACAUGCACAGCUGGGAUUGGAACCUAUAUCAUUGAAUUUGCUACACUGAGCCGCUUAACAGGAGAUCCAGAAUUUGAGAGGGUUGCAAGGCGAGCCCUCAAAGGAUUGUGGGAAAGCCGUUCUGAGAUUGGCUUGGUGGGCAACCAUAUAGACGUCAUGACCUCAAAAUGGGUGGCUCAGGAUGCUGGGAUAGGUGCCGGCGUUGACUCUUAUUUUGAAUACCUCGUUAAAGGAGCAAUCCUUCUGCAGGAUGAAGAAAUGAUGGCAAUGUUUAUGGAAUACAAUAAGGCUAUCCAGGACUGGUACGUGUGGGUACAGAUGUAUAAGGGCACCGUCUCCAUGCCGAUAUUUCAGUCCUUGGAGGCCUUCUGGCCAGGCUUACAGAGUCUAAUAGGAGACAUUGGAAAUGCCAUGAGAACAUUCCACAACUAUUAUACUGUCUGGAAGCAGUUUGGUGGGUUGCCUGAGUUCUACAACAUCCCCCAAGGAUUCACUGUGGAUAAAAGAGAGGGCUACCCGCUAAGGCCAGAACUGAUUGAGAGCGCAAUGUAUUUGUACAGAGCAACAAAGGACCCAACAUUACUGCAGUUUGGGAGAGAUGCUAUUGAGUCCAUUGAGAAAAUAAGUAAAGUGGACUGUGGAUUUGCUUCUAUUAAGGAUGUCCGGGAUCACAAAUUAGACAAUCGUAUGGAAUCUUUCUUUGUAGCAGAGACAAUCAAAUAUCUCUAUCUGUUGUUUGAUCCGGAUAACUUCAUCCACAACGAUGGUUCAGAAUUUGACCUAGUUGUGACUCCCUACGGGGAAUGUAUACUUGGGGCUGGUGGCUAUGUGUUUAAUACAGAAGCCCAUCCAAUUGACCCAGCAGCACUGCAUUGCUGUAAGAAGCAUAAUACGGAGAAGUGGGAAGUAGAAGACCUGGUGAGAGAAUUCUUCUUUGGAAAAGCAAAGGAGGAGGUCAGAAAAGAAGCCACUCAAGAUCAAAGCCAACAGGAUUUGUUUCCUUCUAGAGUACAGAACAGAACAAACCUCAAACGCACAUCGCUGCUUCGUUGUCCUAGUCAACCAUUUAGCUCUAAACUUUCAAUUUUAGGACAGGUGUUUCUGGAAUAAAUCUGGCUAGAUUAUUUGGUGGUUCAAAUUAUCGUACACACUUUUUUUUUUUUUUGUUCUGUCUUUUGGUCCUAUGUUUAUCUCGAGAGGCAUUUGACAUGCCGGCUGACAGGAUCCCUGCACUCAGUAUACCGGCGCCGGAAUCCUGAUAGCUGACAUAUUGACAACUAUUCUCCCUCUUGCGGUGUCCACGACAACCCUGGAGGGAGAAUAAAUAGCGUAACAUGCCACCGUGCCCGUGGUGAGCGCAGUGAGCCUGCAAGGGCCUCUUUUGCGCUCUCCCCACUGCCUGGGCGCCGUGAUCCCAAGAGCCGGCAUAAUGUAGUACACCCAUUUAUUCUAUACAGCCUGAGGCCUUGAUUUUUCCUUAUAACUUUUGAUUUCCAUAAAAAUCACAUUACAGACUAAAGCAUUCCCCAUCCUGAUGUUUUGAACAAUGCUGUACAUGCACAAGAGUAUUAUUAAACUUAGAAAACAACUCUUCCUCAACAGAACGAGAUUGCACCUGGUAUUGUACAGUGUCUGGUUUUGCUGUGAUGCACACCUUUAGGUUUUUAUAACCUACUCUGAGUUCUUGCUGUAGUAAAAUGAUCAACUUUCACCAGCCAAAGUCUUCCCAUGGGGAUUCCCAAUGAUCACAUGACCCUGCAGCUACAACACUUCAACCUGCAUCUAACGGACAAUUGUUUACUACAUUUAUUUUAUUUUUUGCUUUGUCUUUUACUACAUUCUUACUGUGGAAAUGCAAAUUUGCAGUAACACUUAAAAAAAAAAAAAUCACCUAUUUAUUGCCUGUUUCAUCAGUCUGACCACAUAGGCUCAAUAAAAGAUCAUAACUACUUCAUGAUAGGUCACAUAUUUUUUUAAAUAUUCCAUACUGUAAUUUAAUGUUGAACAGCAUUAGUUAAAGGAUAAUUCAAGUACCUUCGGUGAUGUAUAUUAAGUUCAACAUAUGCAAACAAGUAUGUUUGCAAUUACAACAUGGCACCGUAAGCUUUUUGGAGAUCUCUCCUCCUGUAGAAUAAUUGAUUACUCUUGGGACUGUCUGGUCAACUCUAUUCAUGUUUUAAUUUAAAUUUUGUUGGUUCUCUGCAAGUGUUGGCUCUGUGCAUGAUUCAGUCUCUAGCUGAUGUAACCAGGCUGCAGGCAGCUGUAGUAAUCAUGUCAAAGGGAAACAAUAAAUAGAGGAUGUAUGUUUGCAA